AUGGAUGCGUCGGACAGACGGAUCGAUCGGGGGGAGACGACACGCCGCCCUGAGCGAGACCCUACAUAUUUUUCCGACGAGGGGGACGGUGAGGGAUAUUAUUCGCAAGGAGAUGUUUGGCCGGCGGACGAGGAGGGACCCCCGGUUUUCAACCACGACAGGCGUGUCCGUGGUGGGGUUUUCCGCCGGCGUAGGGGAGCUGGUCGCGACUUACCCAGGCGCGAGGCUGCCUCUGGCACGGGGGCUUAUCAUACAUACACUGCCCCACGGCCUCGUACGAGCUGGGAUAGACCGGCGGAUCGCGGGGCAACGGAACUAGAGAGGUGUUUCCGGGAAUACCGCCACCCGACAUCGUGGGAUUCUCCUUUGCUUCGCACGAAUACGACGGGAGGCAGAACUGACAGACCAAAGGACCUCUCCAUGAAGGCGCCUCGUUUCGACGGGUCUGACGCGACAAAUUGGAUUUCCAGGGUUGAGUAUUAUUUCGACCAUUUGCAGAUGCCGGAUUAUGAACGCCUUCACUACGUGGUGAUGCUUUUUCAACCACCAGCGGCCGAGUGGAUCUUUAACUACCGGGAGAAUAACCCUGUGGUGACGUGGCGGGAGUUUUUGGAGGAUGUGCGACACAGGUUUGAUCCACAGAGCUUACGCAAUUGUAUCGGGCCGUUGUCUAAAUUGGUGCAGACAGGUUCAGUCGCAGAAUAUCACGACGCGUUUGAACGGUAUCUAAAUCGGGUACGGGGCCUAUCUGAGGAGGCGUUGAUUCCGAUUUUCAUAACGGGCCUCAAGGAGCCGAUACAGGAGAAGGUGGAGUUACAACAGCCGGGUUCGCUGGCGGAGGCGAUGGCUUUGGCCUUGCGGCUGGCUGUGUCUCAUGAGGAGAGACAUCCCCCACAUUCCCGCGGCAAGUGGAAUGGCCGUGAUCACAGGGCGUCGACCGUGACCCCGAUCGCCCAGCCUGGCCAACCUGACCAAUCGGCACGGGAUCCCCCACGCCCCAGCUUCAGGCCAAUUCGAGUCUCCAACGCGGAGAAGGCAGAACGUUCACGAAAGGGAUUGUGUUACCACUGCCCAGAACGGUGGGUCCCGGGACAUGUGUGCAAACAGAAAAUGCUAUCUUAUGUGGGCGAGGAGGAUGGUGACAAUGUGGUUGACGACUCGGAUGGCAGUGAGGAAUGUGAAACCCUUAUCACCGCCGACUUGUCGCAUCUUCAUACCUUGGCGGGAGGCAGUAAGGGUCGCCCAUUUAAUGUUGUGGGAAAUAUCGCGGAGACAACGACCAGCAUUCUCAUUGACACGGGUAGCACACAUGAUUUUCUUCACCCCAGGGUGGCGAGCCAAUUACACUUACCACUGACUCCUAUACGGCCGUUUCGUGUUUAUGUGGGCAACGGUGCGUCUUUGGUGUGCUCAUACAUUGCGCGUCGAAUCAAGCUUUCCAUUCAAGGAGUCGAUUUCCUCAUUGAUUUACAUGUUAUGGAGAUCCACGGACCUGAUAUUGUCCUGGGAAUGGAUUGGCUCGAGUCAUUGGGCAAAGUCUCGGCCGAUUUUGUAGGAAAGACGCUAGAGUUUAGCAAGAAUGGGGGUCGCGUGAUGUUGCGCGGGGUCCAGCCCUCACCGCGUCUCAUCUCCCUGCAGUCUUUGGCCCUGCUAACGGCCCAUUCAUCGUCUCAUGAGUUUUACGAGAUUAUUCAGAUAGACGCAGAGGCAGUUGGUGCGGGGACGACGACGGUUGAGGAUUUUCCGCCGGAUACUUCCCCUGAUGUCCGACUGGUUUUGGAGCAGUUCAGGCCGGUCUUCGUUGUACCGAUGAGAAUGCCCCCGCGGCGAGAUUUUGAUCACCGCAUUCAUCUCCUUCCUGACUCUAAACCAGUCAAUGUGCGGCCUUACCGUUAUCCCUACUUUCAGAAGAACGAGAUUGAGCGACAGGUGCGGGAGAUGCUCGAGCAGGGGAUAAUUCAGCGAAGCCACAGUCCAUUUUCUUCCAUGGUGCUCCUUAUACGGAAGAAGGAUGGGACUUUCAGAUUCUGCAUUGAUUACCGGGCUCUGAACCUGGCAACGGUCCCGGAUCAUUUUCCCAUCCCGACUGCGGACGAACUGUUUGACGAGCUCGGCAAAGCUCAAUUUUUUACUAAAUUGGAUUUGCGUUCGGGCUACCAUCAGAUCCGCAUGCAUGACGCGGAUGUCUUCAAGACGGCUUUUAGAACCCACGACGGCCAUUUUGAGUUCUUGGUUAUGCCGUUUGGCCUCACUAAUGCCCCUUCGACUUUUCAGGCAGCAAUGAACAAAAUAUUCGAGCCUCUACUACGGAAGUGUGUUAUCGUCUUCUUCGACGACAUUCUUAUUUACAGCCCAACGUUAGAGGAGCACUGCUCUCAUUUGCUAGAAGUGCUGACGUAA